UGUUCAUAUAAAUUACAUGAUGUUAUAACUAUGUAUUUGAAAUUACAUGAACCUAACAUUCGCCAUUGCAUUCUAACAUUGAACACGCUUGGGGUUCUUAUCAAUGUAUUACAUAUCUCUAUUAUAUAAUUGUUAAAUAUUAAUUUGUUAUUUACUAAUGAUAUAUCUGUACAUUCAAAAUUUAAAUUCUUUUACACUUAGAAAUCCUAAGAUGAUUAAAGAACAAUUUUCUCCAAUUAGCAAAAUUCAAUCGGUGAAACCAACACAAGGAAGAAAUUUGGUAGGUUCAGCUCGACACAUACGUGAUAUGGCUGCAGAUAUUCAUACAAUUAUUCAGCAAUGGAAUACAGCCCAUUUACAAGGAGUAGCAUUACUCAAGGAUAUAACGCAGGAAAAACAGAAUACAUCCUACUCUCAGGUUUUACAAGAGUUAUGUGAUAAAUUGGAACAUAUUUGUGAUGCAUUGGUAAUAAUUAUAAAAUAUACAAGUAUUUUGUUCCAGGAUACUAUAGUAAAAAAUCUUGCUCAAAUUACACAUCGACUAAAGUUGACAACAAGUUUAAGUAAAGAUGUGGACAAAUUAUUUACAACGUGGCCUAUUACUAAAUUUGAUUAUGUUGUGGAGUUAAUACAUAAUGUGUAUUCUGAAGAAGCCAAGAUAAAACGAAAAAUUUUUGAAAAUGUAGCUCAUCAGUACACAGAAUCUUGGAAAAUGUUGUGUCUGGCAACCUGGGUUCAUCAGCCAUUACUACCAGAAAGUCUAACAAUAUUUUUGGAAUCAUUAUUAAUAGAAACUGGACAUAGAUAAUUGUAGUUAUUGUUGGUACAUGUUAUGGUGAGUAUUUUUGUAAUUUUGAAAUUUGAACUUUAUAAUUAACUUUUUGUACGCAAUAACUUACAACUAUUGAAAUAAAACAGAGAUUAAUAGAAUGUU